GCAAAGUUAUGUACUAACGAUAAAAGCUGGAGAAAAACGUGAGUGGUACUGAUAUCACAUUGCCACCGGGUGGCAAUCCUGGAGUGAGAUCUCCAAACCAUCAAGUCAUCAACAAACAUCACGGGGCUGGGAGAACGUGGUCAGCUGUGACACGAAAGCGUCGAUCAAACAGUACCAGAGCCACAGCUGGUUAUCGACAAUAUAUGAAUUUUUCCAACAUUUACUACUUGAAAAACUACUUUCGUGCGUGGCGUUUCGUGAAUCGUAUACAAGAUGGGUGGGCUUAAAGUUGUCGUGUGUGAGGACCUUUGGAAGAGAAUCCAAGGUUGCAAAGACGUAUUCCGCACAUUAUAUGGCUUCGUCGCUCAAGAUGGUGUACAUAACCUAACAGGUUGCACACUUUUGCGGGAAUCAUUCCCUUAUGGACAUCCAGCGCUCGGAGUAUUUGCCAGUGAUCCGGAAGCCGACGCGCACAGCCUAAUAUCCAACUGCGAAAAAAGGCUACAAUGCAUUCGAGAGGCGUUAGAUGCUCUGGAUUUGCCAAACCUGGUGCUUUUAACGACUAAGGCCAAUGGUUCGCCAUCAGCUCGGCUGGUCGCCAAGGAUGCCUUAUACGAAGAGACGGCCAUUUGUGAGCUCGCAGACCUCAGUUCAACACAAGGAGUUGUACUCAGAACGCGACUGAGUGUACCAUUAAGUGUCGAAUACACUGGAGCUGAGGGCCAAUUUCGUGGUGAUGUGAAACACGCGAUAAGCACCUCGUGCCGAUGGCUUGCCCCAUCAUGUGUAACGUUCGAGUUACGCGAACAAUUUAUGAAAGGUCAGGAGCAAGUGACGCUCGGGGAAUUCUUGCGGAAGGUCCUGGGAAGAAAGUCUGAACCCGAUGGCAUGGAUAAGCAGGAAGUAAAUACGAUUCGCUUACUAAGCGGCGAAAAAGUUGUGUCAAGCUGUGGUUGUCCUCAUACGCCCAUAAUCGACGUGCAGCGCCGCCGUUCGCAACGCUUCGAGUUCCAUCUUAAUCUCGACGUAAUCUCGUUCACUGUGUAUAGUUUAUCCGUGGAACACGUUACCACUUUACUUACUAGAAGUCUUCACCAACAGGCGUUCUCAAGCAUCGAGGCAAUUUGCAGCUCUGUCGUCUAUGGUAACCAGCUGAUUCCACCGACCCCGAUGCAUUUUCAAGCGGGAGGUGCCCGAUCAUUUGCUACGGUACUAUUUCCCGCUAAUCGCGUCCUGCCUGCAUACAGGCUAGCGCUCCACGCGGAUCUUCUACUUUCAAAUGAUAAGGGACCAUUGUUCUCGUUAGGACAACAUAUUUAUUUCGCAAAGGACUCACCAAUCUAUAGCAAGUUACUCGUAAAUCCGCACGCGAAAGUCAAGCCUCCGGCGCGCGCCGAUCGUGUAGCAAUUGUUCGCGGGAACUACCUAUAUUUUCAUUAUAUGCAAGAGAAGUUUGACGACAGCGGCUGGGGUUGUGCGUACCGAUCACUACAGACGCUUUCCUCAUGGUUCCUUCUGCAGGGUUACACCGAUGUGAAAAUACCGAACCACAAAAAAAUUCAGGAAACGCUAGUUGAAAUCGGCGAUAAGGAGAGCAGUUUUAUUGGGUCAAAACAAUGGAUUGGCUCUCAGGAGGUGUCCUUCGUCCUUAACCAACUUAUGAAAAUCGACAGCAAGAUUAUUAGUGUCCCAUCAGGCUCCGAGUUGCCAUUUAAAGCUCAGAAUCUCAUUACACACUUUGAGACUCACGGGACGCCUGUAAUGAUUGGUGGGGGCCAGCUGGCUCAUACGAUUUUAGGAGUUGCAGUCAACAGUGAAACAGAAGAAACGCAUUUUCUGAUCCUCGACCCUCACUAUACAGGCACAGAGGACAUGCAUACCAUCACCGCAAAGGGAUGGUGUAGCUGGAAACCGUCGACAUUUUGGGACAAGGCUUCAUUUUAUAAUAUGUGUCUUCCUCAAGUUUCCCGAUAUACACUUUGAUAAUAUA